CGCGCGGCCACUUCCGCUUCCGGUCCGUCGCCUCCUUUGGUUGCUUCCCGUCCGCUCGGCGGUUCCCCUCCCCCGCCCGGUUCUCCGCGCCCCGCCGGGGCGGCGGGGCCGUCGGCGUGCGGCCCUCCGUGCGUCCGCGCGUGCGCCUAAGCGCGGCUCCGCGUCCGCCGCUCGCGGCUCGGCGCGCGCCCCGCGACACCGAGGCCGAGCGGGGGCAGGGGGCUGCCCGCCAUGACCCCCUGGAGCGCGGCGUGAGGGGGCCGAGAUGCGGUGACCUGCCAGUCCCUGCCGCGGCCUCCCUCCUCCUGCCGCCCCGUCUCUGCACGCCCCGGGGGGCCUGCCCCCCUCCCCACCGCCAGCCACCAUGUCGACCUCCUCACUGCGGCGCCAGAUGAAGAACAUCGUCCACAACUACUCGGAGGCCGAGAUCAAGGUUCGGGAGGCCACGAGCAACGACCCCUGGGGCCCGUCCAGCUCCCUCAUGUCUGAGAUUGCUGACCUCACCUACAACGUCGUCGCCUUCUCGGAGAUCAUGAGCAUGAUCUGGAAGCGGCUCAACGACCACGGCAAGAACUGGCGGCACGUCUACAAGGCCAUGACGCUGAUGGAGUACCUCAUCAAGACGGGCUCGGAGCGCGUGUCGCAGCAGUGCAAGGAGAACAUGUACGCCGUGCAGACGCUGAAGGACUUCCAGUACGUGGACCGUGACGGCAAGGACCAGGGUGUGAACGUGCGCGAGAAGGCCAAGCAGCUGGUGGCCCUGCUGCGCGAUGAGGACCGGCUGCGGGAGGAGCGUGCCCACGCGCUCAAGACCAAGGAGAAGCUGGCGCAGACCGCCACGGCCUCCUCCGCAGCCGUGGGCUCGGGGCCCCCGCCCGAGGCAGAGCAGGCCUGGCCGCAGAGCAGCGGGGAGGAGGAGCUGCAGCUCCAGCUGGCCCUGGCCAUGAGCAAGGAGGAGGCCGACCAGCCCCCGUCCUGCGGCCCCGAGGAUGACGUCCAGCUCCAGCUAGCCCUUAGUUUGAGCCGUGAGGAGCACGAUAAGGAGGAGCGGAUCCGCCGUGGGGAUGACCUGCGGCUGCAGAUGGCCAUCGAGGAGAGCAAGAGGGAGACCGUGGGCCAGGAGGAGUCGUCCCUCAUGGAUCUUGCUGACGUCUUCACGGCUCCGGCUGCUCCGCAGGCCGCGGAUCCCUGGGGGGGCCCAGUACCCAUGGCUGCUGCCCUCCCCACGGCGGCCCCCACCUCGGACCCUUGGGGGGGACCCCCCGUGCCUCCUGCUGCUGAUCCCUGGGGUGGUCCGGCUCCUACACCGGCCUCCGGGGACCCCUGGAGGCCUGCUGCCCCCACGGGGCCCCCGGUUGACCCUUGGGGUGGGACCGCGGCCCCUGUGGCUGGAGAAGGACCUACCCCCGACCCGUGGGGGAGCUCAGAUGGAGGGGCCCCAGUCGGCGGACCCCCAGGCUCCGAUCCCUGGGCCCCGGCCCCGGCCUUCUCAGACCCCUGGGGGGGGUCCCGUACCAAGCCCAGCACCAAUGGCACCGCAGCGGUCGGGGGGUUUGACACGGAGCCCGACGAGUUCUCCGACUUCGAGCAACUGCGCACAGCCCUGCCAGCCUCUGGGAGCAGCACGGGGGAGCUGGAGCUGCUCGCCGGAGAGGUGCCUGCUCGUAGUCCCGGUGCCUUCGACAUGAGUGGGGUCGGGGGCUCUCUGGCCGAAGCUGUGGGGAGCCCCCCGCCUGCAGCCGCCCCGACGCCCACGCCGCCCACGCGGAAGACCCCUGAGUCGUUCCUGGGGCCCAAUGCUGCCCUGGUAGACCUGGACUCGCUGGUGAGCCGGCCAGGCCCCACGCCGCCAGGAGCCAAGGCCUCCAACCCCUUCCUGCCGAGCGGAGGCCCGGCCACCGGCCCCUCCAUCACCAACCCCUUCCAGCCCGCACCCCCUGCGACACUCACCCUGAACCAGCUCCGGCUCAGCCCCGUGCCCCCGGUCGCUGGAGCGCCACCGACGUACAUCUCUCCCCUUGGCGGGGGCCCUGGCCUGCCCCCCAUGAUGCCCCAGGGACCCCCAGCCCCCAACACUAAUCCCUUCCUCCUAUAAUCCAGGGCAGGAGGGGGCUUCCCCCAUUCCUGCUCCCUGGGCGACCAGUGUUGUGAGUGCAUGUGAAGUGGGGGACCCCUGCCCCCACCCCAGCGUCCUUUCCCCUCCUGGGGCCCACUCACACUACACCAUCUCCCCCCAUCCCCGACCCUACCUCCCCGGAGAGAAACUGGACCUGGGGAUGGGGAGGGGUGCGGCCGGAGGGGGACCCCUGCCCACGGCAUUAGAAGGGGGAGGGACAGCGGGGGGUCCCCCCACCCAUCUCCCUCCCUCCCAACUCCUGACUGGCCCCUCAAUCAGUGUUUGAGCCUCCUCGUCCCCUCAUGCACCCCUCGGUGAAUCCUUGGUGAUGAUUUUGGCAACUUCGGGAAUAAAUGGCAAUUCUUAUGGGCGCGGUGCCCUCAAGUUCCCA